GCUGGACGACGGUCGGGUCGAAGGCAGGCAGAAGCUGAAGGUCUUGCAGGAUCCUGAAGUAAUGGAAGAACUGGACCUGAAUUUGCUCUCUGUUGAAGCCCAGCGAUCGAUGGCACAAGCAUCCAAUCUGCUGAGCAGUGCUCAAAUCCCUGAAGUUGCCGUUAUUGUCAAAGUGCCAAACAUCGCAAUGAAAUACCCUAUGAGCAAUGGACAGGUGGUACCAUCUGACUCUCAAGCCUUCCUUGCUCACAGUGCAACAGUACCGUCGAUUUCAAAUUCGAUUUACGCGUGACGAAGACUAUUAUGAAGCUAUGAAAAUGCUAUCUCGUGCCAAUGUCCCUACCGUCGAGGCAGGCUCGUUUCCUGCUCAAUCAAAGCCCCAACAUCCACCUCCACCAAUUAUGUUGACACCGAAUGACUCGGCCUCUCAAAUAGGGACUUCCAACGAAGCAUCGACGUCUCACAACCAGAUGCUUGGAUUUUCAAGUCUCGGGCGUCCUACGAUCCACACCUUGCGCCCAGCAAUGGCUCCUCCCGCAUAUGUUCCUGCCGCCCUCGACAACGCUCAGUCUCGCUCAGCUGCGAACCAACCCAUUCUUGACCACUUGCAGACAGGACCAACACUUCGAGGUCAACCAGGCGGACCUCGUUCGAAUAUCUCGCUGAGCACAGCUACCACUCUGGUGAACGCUAAAGAGCAAUUUGGCAUUCAGAAUACAUACGGUCGUUAUGACGUCAAUUCCUACCUACCAACUUCACAACCACCAGGCAUCAGCCACCUGCAGGUGGACACCAAGCCGGCUCAGCAGUCAAGCACUGCCCGAUUAGACCAGCACGAGUUUGCUCUAGGUCUCCCACCGAGAAGGACACUGCCAUUCCGCAAGCCAGAACCCAGUGCCAACACCUCCGGCUCAACAUCAGGAAGCAGAAGCGUUCGCCUUACCAACCAGGCAGAGUCAGACUCAAUGGCCGUUCCCUCAGUUGCAGCAGAGGACGAUUUAUCCACUGUAGCAUCACCUCAAGCCACCGGCAAACGCAAACGAGGCGCAGCCAAAUCUACGGGAAAGCCCCCAGCUGCUCGAAAACCACGAGCCCCUAACAAAAGGGCAAAAGCUGGCUGCAAGUCCACAGCAAACGCCCGCCCAGUCCCUACCGUCGAGGAAUUGCUCAAACAAUCAAGCCCCGGCCUUACUCGCCGCAUGACGCGCGCAAUGAGCAUUCUUAGUACUCAGAAUGACCACACCCAGCAGCUGAAGCCGACAAAGGCCGACAUCGCCGAACCUGAGCAGCCUUCGCCCCAACCUGAAGCCAGCCACGAAGCCCAUCGAGAACCGAGUCCUUUGCUCGGUAGCCCGACGAGACGAAUCACGCGAUCUACCUCAAAAGUCUCUGCUAGUGUGGAACACAUGAAGAUCCCCGAACCCGAUACUCAGCCUCAACAGGGGAAGGGCAAUCCCUACCCAUGCACACCAGCCGAACAGAUCAUUGAUCCUUUGACUCCAGCCUCGCCAGAAGCACAACACGUCGCCAUCAACCCCAACCUCAACACCAACGUCCAGCCCUCAGCUCGAAACCUCCUAAUUCAGUCAGAGCCCACCACCGUGCCACCGUCAUCAUUCACAUGCGCCGACCCCCAGCCCCGACCGAACCAGCACCAGCACCAGCCAGAACCAAGCACCGACCCGGUUCAAGCCAUCCCCUCCAUGCUGACCAAUCUGGACGGUGACCCAAAUUUCGCAAACGCCAUGGACAAACUUCACGCCUGGUCUGAACAACCUCCGUCCGUUCGACUGCAGACUCUGAAAUCCUACUUCUGUCGCCUGAUCAUGCAGCCGGACUUUCUUAACCUGUGUAAAGACAUCGAUGGCAUGUGGGAGGGAGAGAUCUUGAAUGCCAGGCUUGCCAGGAUGUCUUGAAGCUGGUGUGAUCGCGGUGAGGCCUAAGUUGCCAUGCGAGAGAAAUUGAGGGAGGUAAUCACAGGCGAAAAGUAAAAUGUGUCCUUACUUUGUCUUUGUCGAUAAGUUUUAUGAAUGAGGGAUGCCAUGUCUCAUCAGUAAUCCUGAUUGAGCUGUGAACAAAAC